UUUUUCAUCCAAAAAAGAGUGUCAGACUCAGAGUGGGUAGAAGGGUAGGUAACAAUACAAACUCAAGCCAUACCUCUUCUUCUUUAAUAGUGCUUCCACUUAUAUAUAUAUCAGAGCGUCCCAACUUUCCAUCGUCAAUGGCAGAAGCAACAGAGAGGUAUGCAGUAGUUACAGGGUCAAAUAAGGGGAUUGGGUUUGGAAUAUGCAGGCAGCUCGCCUCAAAUGGGGCCGUGACAGUGUUAACUGCUAUAGAUGAGAAGCUGGGCCUUGAAGCUGUUGAAAAGCUGAAAGAGUGUGGGGCAUCUGAUGAGCAUGUGGUAUUUCAUCAGCUUGAUGUGACUGACCCUGCUAGUAUAGCUUCUCUCGCAGAUUUCAUUAAAACCAAAUUUGGGAAGCUUGAUAUAUUGGUUAACAAUGCAGGGAUUCCUGGAGCUGUAAUAGAUGGUGAUGCUUUAGCAGCUUCAGAUGUUGGUAAGGGAGGUGAUAAUGCCAAAAUCGAUUGGAGUAAAAUAGGGACUGAAACUUACGAGUUAGCAGAAGAGUGCCUAAAAACAAACUACUAUGGUGCCAAAAGAAUGACUGAAGCACUGAUUCCCCUCCUUCACUUAUCCGAUUCACCAAGGAUUGCCAAUGUUUCCUCUUCCAUUGGGCAGUUAAAGAACAUACCAAAUGAAUGGGCUAAAGGAGUGUUAGGUGAUGCUGAAAGCCUUACAGAAGAAAGAGUGGAUGAGGUAUUGAGUGAAUUUCUUCAAGAUUUUAAAGAGGGUUCCUUGGAAACCAAAGGCUGGCCUUGUUAUAUCUCUGCCUACAUAGUUUCAAAAGCAGCUCUGAAUGCCUACACAAGAAUUGUGGCCAACAAGUACCCAUCCUUUCGGGCCAACUGCGUUUGCCCUGGCUAUGUCAAGACAGAUAUAAACCAUAACGCUGGCUUCUUGACUAUUGACGAAGGUGCUGAAAGUGCUGUAAGGUUAGCGCUGCUGCCCAACGAUGGUCCUUCUGGCCACUUCUUUUCUCGGAAUGAAGUGUCAACUUUUUAUUAAAGAUUAUCCGUUUCUGCACUUUUCCUUUCAUUUGAUUCUCAAUGUGUAAUAAGUUACUUGAAGAUCGACCAAUGUGUGUAACUUUAUGUCAUAUAGUGUGUGCAGUAAGCAAGUUUUUCA